ACACCCUCUUACUGGUGGCAGCGUCCUGGGCAUCGUCUACAGCAGUGACCGCCUCUCCCAAGACUGGCAGCGCCCACAGGUGCAGCAAUUUUGGGGGCAACAGUUGCCUUUCUCUGCCAGCAGGGUCGGUAUUGGGACGAGCAUCAAAAGUGACUACCGGCCCUGGGCAUCUAGACAGAGUAUGGUGAAAGACAGUGGUUGCCAUGGAGCUACAGGAUAAGAAACAGGAGGAGGCGACUCCACUGGGACUGUCCACGACUCAGGCUCUCUCCAACUUACGUGACCAGCUGUCCAACUUACUGGGGCAACACCAGAAAUUCAGCCCACGCAGAUCCACUAUUCGGGAACUGUGGGCUAAGAGCUUUCUUCACCAAAACAACCGUCACUCAUGUUUUCAUUGGCCGGGAGCCGUUCUCACAUUGGUCGUGGUGAUCGGGCUGUUGUGUUGUCACGGCAGCCAACCGAAUGGCAGCCAGGGCAUAGAGAUGGUAAACGCUGGCGCGCUCUUCCUCCUCCUGCUUUUGAAUCUCUUUCUCAUCGGGCGGCAGCAGAGAUUACGGACGAGUGAGAUGGUGCGGAGGCUCAAGUCCAUUAUCUCACAGCUAAACGAUUAUUUAGAGAGAAGUGCAGGACAUCCUAUCAGAUGGGCACCUUCCCUGUACCCUGAUCUUUAUACCCCCACCUCUCCUUCCUGGUCUCUACAUUGGACGUUCAGAGAUGAACGAUUGGUCAAUCUACCUGUCAGUCUCCUGGUGGAGGGUGAUGUCAUCGCUCUUAGACCAGGCCAGGAAGCUUUUGCAUCCCUUAGAGGAAUUAAGGAUGAUGAACACAUCGUGCUGGAGCCCGGAGACCUUUUUCCCCCCUUCUCUCCUCCUCCCUCCCCACGUGUGAAUGAACGGAAGGGUCCCCAUAGUCCUCAACAGUAUCGCCUCUUUAGGGUCGUGCGCACGCCUGUACUCGACAGUGUCAGGAACAGUCUUGACCUGGCUCUGUCCCGCCCAAUCACUGCUCUUGAUAAUGAACGGUUUACGGUGCAGUCCAUCAUUGCCAAAUUUGCCUGCCCUGCUGUGCUGGUGGCCUUUUUUACUGUUAACACAAUUCGUUACUUCUGCGACACUCCUGGUCUCACGCCUGGACCCUUCAACUUCCUACAGUUGCAGAUGAUGGGUGUAUUGCCGAUUUUACCUCUUCUCUUUCCUGUGAUGUGGGUUCUGGUUAAUGCAUAUGGAGAGGCACGUGUGUUAGCCGAGUCCAGACGUAACUCUCCUACUGGCCUGCUUGCUAAGUUCUCUGAGGACACUCUAAGCAGCUACACGGAAGUGGUGUCCUCACAGGAGAUCCUACGCUGUGUGUGGCGACACCUGGCCAGUUUGUUAAAAGGAGAAUCCAGGACACUUUGUUAUACCUCAAGCCUGCUGCACUCUUUGGGUUCAGUAACAGUGCUUUGCUGUGUGGAUAAGCAGGGAAUUCUCUCCUGGCCUAACCCGAGUCCUGAGACCGUUCUGUUCUUCAGUGGACGGGUCGAACCUCCUCAUGACAGCCAGGAUGACCUUAGAGAUGAUCUGUCAGUCAACUCCCUCUGCCGGACGGAGGGUGAAGAGGACAGAGAUGAGGAAGGGGAAGCAUUGCUGUGUUUGCCCGCGUUUGAACCCUCCCUUCACAUUGCUGAACAGGAGCCCAGUGAGACAUCACAUGACACUGCCCGGUCUUCAGACACACAGCGGCAACGGCGAGGGCCGCAGACCACUCGCUCCAAACACCCGUCUGGCUCCAAUGUCAGUUUCAGCCAUGAAACAGAAGGUGGAGUAGAUGACAUUGGCCAGCCAUGCAGUAUGGGUGACGGUCUGUGUGAAGCAGACGAUUAUGUUUGCGAUUAUCACCUGGAGAUGUUGAGCCUGUCCCAGGAUCAGCAGAAUCCCGUCAGCAUCCAGUUUGAUGACUCCAGUUGGCAGAACCAUCUCCCCUCCCUGAAGCCUCUGGGAUUAAACGUCCUGCUAAACCUCUGCAAUGCCACCGUCACACAGCAGCUCUGCCGAUUUUCAGACCACCUCUCCAACCUGGCACUACAGGAAUCUCACGGAGCGGUUCUACCUGUCCACGUUCCCUGGGGCCUCUGCGAACUCUCUCGCCUUAUAGGUUUCACUCCGGGAGCAAGGGAACUGUUUAGGCAUGAGAACCAUCUGGCGCUGUAUCAACUGCCUUCUGGAGAAAGCACCAAAGAAUCUGUCCCAAGACGCCUCCAGCACUUCACCAAACGCCAGCCCCCCAUCAGUCACCUCAUUAGCCUGUUUGUCAGGGACAGCACUACCGACAAUGUGCAGAUGCUCUCACAUGGCUCGGCCGAUCUUGUUCUGGAAGCCUGCACGGAUAUCUGGGAUGGAGCGGACAUCUAUCCUCUGUCUGGCUCUGAUAGGAAGAAAAUUUUAGAUUUCUACCAACGUGCCUGUCUGUCUGGAUACUGUUCUGCUUUUGCCUAUAAGCCUAUGCAGGUGGCAUUGUCCAGUCAACUUAAUGGCAAGUGUGUGGAGUUGGCCCCUGGGCCCACACUUUUCUCAGGGGUGGAGCUCCCCAGCACCACUCCCAUCAAACAUGGCAGCCGCAGGAACAGCUGGAGCUCUGAUGAGGGUAUUGGAGAAGGUUUGGAGAAGGAGGACUGUGUGCAGGCCCUGAGCGGUCAGAUCUUCAUGGGCAUGGUGUCGUCCCAAUUCCAGGCCAGGUUGGACACUGUGAGACUCAUUGAAAACCUGGUGGGAGCCUGUAUUCGCUUUGUGUACUUCUCCAUGGAGGACGAGCUGCGCAGCAAAGUGUUUGCAGAAAAGAUGGGUUUGGAGACAGGCUGGAACUGUCACAUCUCUCUGACUCCAAAUGGAGAUGGUCCCUGUGAUGGCGCUCCAUCCAGCCCUAGCCAAGCAGGAUCUCUACAUGACGAUCUUCUGCAGGGUCACGACUCUCGCGAUGAUGUGGAAGGUCCACUCUUGCUUGAAGACCAAUCAGAUCUCGCCAGCUUCCAACCCACUGACAGCGACGUUCCCAGUUUUCUGGAAGACUGUAACAGAGCCAAACUGCCUCGUGGUAUCCAUCAGGUUCGUCCUCAUUUGAAGAACAUAGAUAAUGUGCCUCUACUGGUGCCCCUUUUCACAGACUGUACCCCUGAAACCAUGUGUGAAAUGAUGAAGAUCAUGCAGGAGAACAGAGAGGUCACCUGUUGUUUGGGGAGUUCUGCGAAUUUUCGCAACAGCUGCCUGUUCCUGCAGAGUGACAUAAGUAUUUCUCUGGAUCCUCUCUACCCAUCCCGGUGUUCAUGGGAGACCUUUGGCUAUGCUGCUGGUUGUGGGCUAAAUGGAGACUCUGAUGAGCUCUCACCAAUGGGACUCAGUGGUCGUCUCAACAGCCUUGCUUGCUCUGUGUCCUUCCAUCAGGGCGAGAGCGUCAGCAUGGUCAGACUCAUAGAGCAGGCAAGACACACCACCUACGGCAUUCGCAAGUGCUUCCUGUUUCUACUGCAGUGUCAGUUGACCCUGGUCAUCAUUCAGUUCCUGGCAUGCCUCAUUCAGCUGCCCCCUCCCAUGAACAUCACAGACAUACUUUGGCUAUCCUGCUUUUGUUACCCCUUGCUAAGCGUGUCCUUUCUGGGAAAACCUCCUGAUAGUUCAGUGAUGACAGUUGCUACUGGAAAGAAUUUGGACGCAAUACCACGCAAGACGCAGCAGUACUUCCUGGGCUGGUUCCUGUUGAAGUUUGGUCUGACGAUAUUGGCCUACUUAGUCGGUUUUGGGUUUUCUCUACAGGAAGUGUGUUCAAGAACAGCGAACGUCAAUAUUACCAGAUCAGUUAACUGCUCGAACAUACUUGCAUUCAGCUCCAAGGAUGGCCCUCAAUGGUUCGGUGAAUUAUCCAAUGGGCUGCUUCUGAUUCAGAAAGUCAUGGCAGGUUUCCUGGCUUUGCACACAGUGGUCAUCUCUCUGAGCUACGUGCACCGUUCCCAGCCCUUGUGGAGGAAGAAUCCUUUCAGUAACACAUGGUGGUGCCUGACUGUACCUGUGGUGUUGUUGGGGCAGGUAGUGCAAGCUGUGAUAGAUUAUCAUUUAUGGCAGGACAGGAGUACAGAAGUCUUCACAUUAGAUCACUUUCCCUUGAUGGUCUGGCUCUUGGUUUCUCUGUCCAUUGUACUUGUGGUGCUACUCAACGAAGCAGUCAAACUGCAAGAAAUCAGGGUACGUGUGCGGUACCAGAAGAGACAGAAGCUUCAGUUUGAGACUAAACUGGGCAUGAACUCUCCCUUCUGACCUGGAUCUGCUCAGGGCCGCAUGUUUGUAGCUUCCUGAUUAUUUCAUGGAGAAGACAAACCCUUAAUGUUUCAGAUUUCUCAUAGCAGAGCUCUUCCUACCACACCUCUAAUGGGCAAAACUGUAUUUCUGCCUAAAUGAGGGGCAGCUUUUUGUUUUGUUUUUUAAUUGGUGAAAUGUUUAAAAGGUGAGGAGUUUUUAUUUUUGUCAUUUUAGGGGCAGUGACCCGCAUGCUGCUUUGGAUCUAGCAGGGUAAUUUAUUUGAGGACUUGUUUAUUUGUGAGGCCAUUCAUUAAAACCUCAUAACUGUAGUGCACAAUAGUGUAUAUACCAAAAUUUACAAUGGAGGGCUAAAUUAGCAUGAUUUAUUUUCUUUGUUAUCAACUGUCGUGCAAUUUUAAGAUUAUCUUUCAGUUCAGCUAAAAAUGAAAUGAAAGUAGGGAUGCAUAACGAUUAAUCGCGAUUAAUCUAUAGCAGAAUAAAAGUUUUUGUUUACAUCAUAUAUGUGUGUGACCUGUGUAUAAGAACUUUAAAUAGAUAAAUGCGCACACACAUGCAUGUAUAUAUUUAAGAAAUGUUUACAUGUGUAUAUACGUUUGUAUAUUUAUGUAUAAUUUAUAUUAUAUAUAAAUAUUUAAUAUAAAAAAAAAAUCUUAAAAUUAUACAUGGAUGUGUGCACAUUUAUAUAUACAUAAUUAUUAUACACAGUUCACACACAUAU